AUGGUCUCGCUCGGUUCCCGGUUUAUAGGGCAGUUUGAGCCCUUCAUGUUCAUAUACGUCAUGGGCACUGGGAUCAGUUCCGAUAUACUGUACAGGUUCCCUUACUACGGGCGAUGGCUGCGGGUCUGCUCGUACAUCAUGUUUGCCCUUGCGUGUCUCAUAUUUGUAAGCUUACAAGUGCUGUGUGUCGUGCACCUGUGGCACUACACAAGGAGGCACUCGUUCUCAGCGUAUGUGGACGAGUUCGUGCGGAACACCCGUAAGAGUGUGUUCUGGGGCACGUACCCGAUGGGGCUCGUCACCAUCAUCAACUACUUGUUCAACCUGACGCAGAUCGGGUCCAUCUCGCAGGGGGAUUCCCGUAGGCUUAUGAUCUUCGUGUACGCACUGUGGUGGUACGACAUCGCAGUGUCCAUAGUCAUCGCUUGGGGGCUCUCCUUCGUCAUGUGGCACAAGUACUACUUCCCUGAGGGGUUGGGCAAGGGCGAGAAGGGUCACGAGAAGGUCGCCGCGGAGUACCUGAAGAGUACGCUUCUUCUCGCGGUCAUCCCAUUGGUCGUCGCAGCGUCGUCGUCCUCGAUAUGGGUCAUGUCGGGACUCUUCGGCAGGACUUUUAACAGGAAUAUACAGUUGCUCACCAUGGUCAUUACGGUGCUCAUCUGGCUCCACGCAAUCCUGUUCGUUGCCGUGCUCGUGUUCAUAUACUUCUGGUCACUGUACCUUUUCAAGAUUCCGCCGAUGGCACAGGUGUUCACACUGUUCCUCGUGUUGGGGCCCAUGGGACAAGGCGCAUUUGGUAUCCUGCUCGUCUCGGACAACGUGCUCCUGUACACGCAGCAGUACUAUCCUGUGCCAGGUGCCGCCAGCGGUGGGACCCUUUCCACGGCAGAGGAUGUACUCUUGCUUGCGGUCCCCUGGUGUUUCAAAGUAUUGGGACUCAUCUACGCGCUAGCAUUGCUAGCCGUCGGGUACUUCUUCACGAUCAUCUGCAUCAUCGCAAUGCUCUCCUACAGGAAGCACAAGGAGAUAAACGCAGCUGGGAAGCCGCGCAGGAUAUACAACUUCCACACCGGGUUCUGGGGGAUGACUUUCCCAAUGGGCACCAUGUCGCUCGGGUCCGACGAGGUGUACAUCCAGUACAACAAAUACGUCCCAAUGCGCGCAUUCAGGGUCGUCAGCGCGAUCUACGGCACCACUUGCAUUCUGUGGACGAUCUUCUGUGUCGUGAACACUGUCUUCCUCUACGGCAGGCGCGGUUUCAGGACUGUUAGGGCCAAGAGGGACCACAGGGAGACAGAAUCGAAGGCACCCUCGCCGUUCACACCAUCUACGCUCGCACCGUCCAUCGUGUCGUCGCUUGCAUCACCAGACGCAUCAUCAGCGUCGACCCUGCAUCAAGAAUCCAUCGAGGAACUCUGCUAA